AUGCUUUCGUUUAGAACCAAAGGAUAUAAUGGUUAUGGGAUUCAAUAUUCUCCAUUUUUUGACAAUAAGCUAGCGGUGGCAACAGCAGCAAACUAUGGAUUAGUUGGUAAUGGGAGAUUAUUUAUAUUAAAUAUAGAACCAAAUGGAACUGUGUCUAAUCAAGUAUCAUGGGAAACACAGGAUGGAUUAUUCGAUCUAGCAUGGAGUGAGGUUCACGAAAAUCAAGCAGUAGUAGCUUCAGGAGACGGUACUUUAAAAUUGUUUGAUUUAACUGUUCCUAAUUUCCCAGUCAUGAAUUGGAAAGAACAUUCAAGAGAGGUUUUUUGUGUCAAUUGGAAUCUUGUGGAUAAGACAAAUUUCGUGAGUGGGAGCUGGGAUGGAAAUAUCAAAUUAUGGUCACCUAAUAGACCACAAUCAUUAUUGACAUUAAAUUCGCAUGUUAUUGAUUAUUCGACACGAGUUGCACCCAACACAAGUUCAGCGUCUGUACCAUUAUCGCAUCAACCAGCACAUCAGCCACAGUCACAACAGCAACAGGUGAAUACGGCCAAUUGCAUUUACUCAGCCCAAUUUUCUCCACAUUCUCCUUCCAUGAUAGUCAGCUGUAAUGGUGGGUCACAAGUACAAGUCUGGGAUAUUCGUAGUCCGAAUCCAUUGCAAUUGAAGUUUACCGCUCAUGGUGGAUUGGAAGCAUUAUCAGUAGAUUGGAAUAAAUACAAGUCUACUGUGAUUGCAUCAGGAGGAACUGAUAAAUCUGUGAGAAUAUGGGAUUUGCGAUCAAUUACAAAAAUUGACCAACCUAUAGCUCAAUCACCAAUGGCAAGUGGACAUAUACGUGGUCCAACGCCAUUAAACGAAUUAAUAGGCCAUGAAUUUGCUGUAAGAAGAGUACAAUGGUCACCUCAUAAUCCAAAAGAGUUAAUGUCUACUUCCUACGAUAUGACAGCAAGAAUAUGGAGCGAUGAGCUGGAUGAACGUGCAAGAUUCUUGAAUUCACGAGUUGGUGGGUUGAAAGGGGUAUUUGGAAAACAUAAAGAGUUUGUUAUAGGUAGUGACUACAGUUUAUGGGGAGAACCUGGUUGGGCAGCAACUACGGGUUGGGAUGAAAUGGUUUAUAUAUGGGAUUCUAAACGAUUAUAA